GGCGCGUGCAACGCGGCGGCAGUUGCGUCGCAACCUCCGAACGGUGCGGUCGUUUUCGUUUCGUGUUCGCACGCCGACUCAAGUUGUUUCGAUCGCAUACGUGCCAGUGACACUUGGCGGUUGCCCGCGCAACAGGGAUAUGCACCGACGCUGAGAGAAAGAGAGAGAGAGAGAGAAAGAGAGAGAGAGAGAGAGAGAGGAAAGAGAGAGAGAGAGACAGAGAGAUACAUCACGGUCAGUCUACGUAAAUCCGUCGCGCCGAUCGCCGCAGCUGCUGUCGCCGACGCCGCCUCCGCCGCCACCGCCGUCGCCGCCGCCGCCGCCGCCGCCGAUUUAUUAUCGCGCGUUCCUCGCGCGCGCGAGUUUCUUUCGUUGGACUGCGCACUCACGCACGUACGAUUCGUCUCUCGCGCCACUUACGUACGCGAAAAUCGGACCUCGCGCACGGUGCGUGUGUCGAUCGUUGACCGUUGCCGGUUGUUGUUCGCAUCGAACGCGCUUUCGCGAGCGAUCGACCGGUCGGUCGCUCGUUCGUUCGUUCGUUCGUUCGUUCGUUCGUUCGUACGUUCGUACGUUCGUACGUUCGCCUGGCCGUCCGCUCAUCGUCAUCGUCAUACAUCGCGCGAAAGAAGCUGUUCCGCGGCGCGGUCGCGAGGAGACGGAAGUGUGUCGGCGUUUUUGCUCCUGCACGGGCGAGGGAGGAAGGAAGGAAGGAAGGAAGGAACGAAGGAAAGAAAGAAGGAAGGGAGGAAGGAAGACAGACUGCGACGUGUCGCUCGCGCUUCCACCGGAGCAGCGAUCUCGAUUCCACCGACGGCGCAUCCUGUCUGAGCGAGCCGAGCACCAGGUGCCGAGAAACUACAGCCAUGAAUAAUUCACUCGGCUGAAGCGGCCAACGGGAGUUUCUCGGAAUUUGAGGCGCCGAGGGAGAUCCUGAGGACGGCAUCGAGAUGGGCGAGCUUUUAGGGUCGGCGAGCUUCCUCCACCUCGGCGAUAUCGUCAGCCUCUACGCCGAGGGAAAUGUGUCCGGCUUCCUCUCCACGUUGGGGUUGGUCGACGACAGGUGUGUGGUAUGUCCCGAAGCUGGAGACCUGUCGAACCCACCGAAGAAAUUCAGAGAUUGCCUCUUCAAGAUAUGUCCUAUGAACCGGUACUCCGCUCAAAAGCAGUUCUGGAAGGCGGCGAAACAAAGCGCGAGCUCCGGCACAGACGCCGUCCUGCUCAAGAGGCUCCACCAUGCGGCCGAGAUCGAGAAGAAGCAAAAUGAGACUGAAAACAAGAAACUACUCGGCAGCGUGGUGUCGUACGGCAACGUCGUGCAGUUGCUGCAUCUCAAGUCCAACAAAUUCCUGACGGUGAACAAGAGGCUGCCGGCCUUGCUGGAGAAGAACGCGAUGCGGGUCUAUCUGGACGCGAACGGCAACGAGGGCUCGUGGCUUUACAUAAUGCCGUUCUACAAGUUGCGCAGCGACGGCGACAGCGUGGUCGUCGGCGACAAGGUGAUCAUGGAGCCGGUGAACGCGGGUCGACAGGGUCUCCAUGUGGCCGCCAACUAUGAGCUGAGCGACAAUCCCGGCUGCAAGGAGGUGAAUGUCGUGAACUCGUCCACCUCGUGGAAGGUGACUCUCUUCAUGGAGCACCGGGAGAAUCAGGAGGAGAUCCUCAAGGGUGGCGACGUCGUGCGGCUGUUCCACGCCGAGCAGGAGAAGUUCCUCACGAUGGACGAGUACAAGAAGAAGCAGCACGUAUUUCUGAGGACUACCGGCAGGACCAGCGCCACCGCCGCCACUAGCAGCAAGGCCCUGUGGGAAGUCGAGAUCUUUGAAUGGGAAUCGUUUUCGCUUCUUCAGCUUUUCACGAGCAAUUUCUUUCGAUGGCAGGUGGUGCAACACGAUCCGUGUAGAGGAGGUGCUGGCCAUUGGAAUUCACUCUUCAGAUUUAAGCAUUUAGCGACCGGCCAGUAUCUCGCUGCUGAGAUUGAUACGGACGAGCCGCGGGAACCUGUAAAAGGCAAGCGCGAUCCACCUGGACCAGUCUACAGAUUAGUAUCGGUGCCACACAGCAACGAGAUUAGCUCCCUGUUCGAAUUAGACCCGACGACGUUGACGCGAGGCGACAGUCUCGUUCCGCAGUCGUCCUUUGUUAGAUUACAUCAUAUAUGCACCAACACUUGGGUCCAUUCGACGAGCGUGCCAAUCGAUAAGGACGACGAGAAGCCUGUGAUGUCGAAGGUGGGCUGCGCGAUCAGCAAGGAAGACAAAGAGGCCUUCGCCUUGAGGUCCGUGUCGCCAGUCGAAGUGCGCGAUUUAGAUUUCGCUAAUGACGCCUGCAAGGUGCUGACGGCCAUGAGCAGCAAGCUGGAGAAGGGAACGAUCUCGCACAACGAGCGGAGGGCCGUCACUAGCUUGUUGCAGGACAUCGUGUACUUCAUAGCCGGCUUAGAGAACGAGCAGAACAAAUCCGAAGCGUUGGAACUAGUCGUCGCGAAUACCGUGAGGGACCGUCAGAAAUUGUUGCGCGAGCAGUACAUUCUCGGUCAAUUGUUCAAGAUAUUGCAGGCUCCAUUCUUGGAAUCUGUCGAGGGUGAGGGACCAUUUCUUAGGAUAGAGGAGCUCAACGAUCCGAGGCACGCGCCGUAUAAAUACAUGUUCCGCUUGUGCUAUCGAAUACUCAGGCUUUCCCAGCAAGAUUACAGAAAGAAUCAGGAAUACAUCGCCAAACAUUUCGCAUUUAUGCAAAAACAAAUCGGCUACGAUAUCCUAGCGGAGGACACGAUCACCGCACUUCUGCACAAUAACAGGAAGUUAUUGGAGAAGCAUAUAACAGCCGCGGAGAUAGAAACAUUUGUGGGUCUUGUCAGGAAGAACAUGCACAACUGGGAGUCGAGAUUCCUCGAUUACUUAUCGGAUCUGUGUAUCUCCAAUAAAAAGGCGAUCGCCGUGACGCAGGAAUUGAUCUGCAAGAGCGUGCUCAGUGAAAAGAACAAGGACAUUCUCAUAGAAACGAAAAUGGUGAAGACCCAGGUGGAAGUCGAGGACAUCGAUGAGAAGCAAGGAGAAAACGCUGAGCCGAGGAUCACUGUGAUCGAAGAGCUCGAGGUUGUGUUGGAAUGGAACAAUGGAACCAAAUCGAUGUCCUUGAGUGAGCUGUCGCGAGGAGCGAAAAUGGGAAAUGUUCAGGAUGCGGCGAUACUGGAUUAUUACAGGCAUCAGUUGAAUCUGUUCAGUAACAUGUGUCUCAACAGACAGUAUUUAGCGCUGAACAAUCUGUCGCCACAUUUGGACAUUGAUCUUAUACUUAAAUGUAUGGAGGAUGAGACGGUGCCGUACGAAUUGCGAGCGUCAUUUUGCCGGCUUAUGCUGCAUCUUCACGUGGACAGGGAUCCGCAGGAACAGGUGACGCCUGUGAAGUACGCCCGCCUCUGGUCGGAGAUCCCGUCGAAGAUGAGCAUAAACGACUACGACACGAACAAAAUGCCGGACCAAAAUAAAGAGGCUGUACGCACCAAAUUCAGCUCGACAAUCAUGUUCGUCGAAGAUUAUCUCUGUAACGUUGUCGCGAAAAUGUGGUCGUUCGGAGAUCAGGAGCAGAAUAAGCUCACGUUCGAGGUCGUUAAGUUAGCGCGUGAUCUAAUAUACUUUGGAUUCUACAGCUUUAACGAUCUAUUAAGCUUAACAAAGACGUUGCUUAGUAUCUUGGAUUGCGUGUCGGAAAAUGACUCCGCCGAUGGGAAGAUCCCCACGGGCGAUAUCGAUUCGGAUUCAGUGGAUUCUGAGGAGGCAGCCGAAGGAGGUGUUCUUAGAUGCAUCGGUGACAUGGGCGCUGUGAUGACGAAUUUAACACUGGGACCAGCCGGUCAAGUGCUAGCUAGUUCUUCGCCAAGACCAAAGCCGCUAAUGAAGAAAGAAUAUCCACUGGUGAUGGACACAAAGCUCAAGAUAAUCGAGAUCUUGCAGUUUAUCCUCGACGUUCGACUGGAUUACAGGAUCUCUUGCCUGCUGAGCAUAUUCAAGCAAGAAUUCGAUGAAACCGAGAGAGUUUCUUCCGGAGACGUGAAUCUAGGACAAAAAGCCAUCGAUUUGGAAUCGAUCGGCACACAAGCGGAGGGGAUAUUCGGUAGCAGUGAGGAGUGUGCCGCGCUGGAUUUAGACGGUCAAGGUGGUAGAACGUUCCUGCGCGUCCUGCUGCAUUUAGCUAUGCACGAUUAUCCUCCGUUAGUCUCGGGAGCUCUGCAUUUAUUAUUCAGGCACUUCAGCCAGAGACAAGAAGUUCUACAGGCAUUCAAGCAGGUGCAGCUUCUGGUUUCGGAUAGCGACGUGGAGUCUUAUAAACAGAUCAAAGCAGACUUGGACGUUUUGCGUCAGUCUGUGGAGAAAUCCGAGCUGUGGGUGUAUAAAUCCAAGGCGGCGGAAGAACACGGAAACAAGAAGAAAAAAAGUAAAGAGGAGGAGGACGACGGGGCAACUUCAGCCCCGACGGAGAAGCCGCCUUUGCUAUCCAUGUUGGAUAAACAAGUGCGAAUUACAGAGUCUGCCAUCGACUUGGACAUCGGGCCACCCUUGCACGUUGAACAAGCUGAAGAGUACAAAAAGAUUCAGCAGAUACUGAUAAGAAUGAACAAACUUUGCAUUCAAACAAUGCUGGGUGGCCAAGUGAAGGCACGCAAACACGAGCAACGACUUUUGCGCAACGUCGGCGUGCACACUGUUGUUUUGGAUCUGCUGCAAGUUCCAUUCGACGCGAAAGAGGAUGUCCGGAUGAACGAACUGAUGCGCCUGGCGCAUGAUUUUUUGCAAAACUUUUGCCUGGCUAAUCAGCAGAACCAGGUUCUCUUGCACAAACAGCUGGACCUGUUCUUGAAUCCCGGCAUAAGAGAGGCGCAGACGGUGUGCAGCAUUUUUCAAGAUAACUCCGUCCUCUGUAACGAGGUCAACCCGAAGGUCAUACAGCACUUUGUGCAUUGCAUAGAAACACACGGCAAGCAUGUGCAAUACUUGAAGUUCUUGCAAACUAUAGUGAAGGCUGAGAAUCAGUUUAUCAGAAAAUGCCAAGAGAUGGUGAUGCAGGAGUUAGUUCAAGCCGGAGAAGAUGUCUUGGUCUUUUACAAUGACAGAGCUUCUUUCAAUCAUUUCGUAGAGAUGAUGCGAUGUGAAAGACAUCGUAUGGACGAGAGCAGCCCGCUUAAGUAUCAUGUAGAAUUGGUCAAACUUCUGGCCUGUUGCACGAUGGGCAAGAAUGUCAAUACCGAGAUUAAAUGUCACAGUCUCUUACCAUUAGAUGAUAUUGUCGUCAUGGUAUCACAUCAGGACUGUAUACCAGAGGUGAAAGAGGCGUAUAUAAAUUUCCUCAAUCACUGUUACAUCGACACGGAAGUCGAAAUGAAGGAGAUUUAUACGUCGAAUCAUAUGUGGUCUCUGUUUGAAAAGUCCUUUAUAGUUGACAUGGGUUUGAUUGCAUCGUCUACUCACGAUCGAAAGCACGCGGAUACAGCUUUAGAGACUUACGUGACGAGUUGUCUAAUGAACAUUAUAUCCACGUUUUUCAGCAGCCCGUUUUCCGAUCAAAGCACCACUGUGCAGAAACAUCUGCACGAGGCUAGACUCUAUUGGAACAUCAAGGAGUGCGAUCGGAAUACAGAUAAUAAUCUUUCUGACUAUACAAGACAACCUAUAUUUGUUCAGUUGCUUCAUGCAGCUUUUAAGGUAUCACAAUGUGCAUGGUUAAACUCUGGACAAAGAUUUAACGUCGAGAAUUGCAUACGGACACUGUCAGAUGUAGCUAAAGGAAGAGGUAUUGCCAUACCGACUGAUCUGGAAAGUCAAGUAGCUGCCAUGUUCAACAAAGCAGCCAUGCUCAGUAGACAGACCAACAAGUGGUUACAAGCAGCUAAGCAACCGAAGAUUGAGCGUAGUCAAAGCCAGUUGAUGCGUCUAGAUCGAAGUAUAAUAGAAGGUCUGCAGGACAUAGUGUCUUUAUUAGAGGAACAAUUGAAACCUUUGGUACAGUCAGAAUUAUCCUUGUUGGUGGAUAUUCUCUAUCGACCCGAAUUGCUAUUUCCCGCAGCGACCGACGCCAGAAAGAGAUGCGAAAACGGUGGCUUUAUCAAGAGAUUAAUUAAACACACCGAAAAAUUGUUAGAAGAGACGGAAGAGAAAUUAUGCGUAAAGGUGUUGAGAACACUCCGGGAGAUGAUGGCCAUCGAUCCUGAAUAUGGAGAAAAGAACGAAGGUAUCUCGGAACAGAAGGAGUCAGAAACGAAGGGCGAGUCACAAGUCGGGACAGAUUCCAAUGAUCAGUCUGAGAAUCGACAAAUGACUCAGCAAGAUCCGGGAGAUGCAUUGAGAACUAAUCUUUUGACGCGUUAUUUUGGCAAGAGCUUUUUGCAAAAACCGGAGAAUGUAGACAUCGGUGUAUCACGUAGCGCGACUAUCACUCAUGGUCCGGGGGCGAAGAUACUAAGUCGAGCCGGUAGAACAUUGCACGACGUGCAGACGCAUCUCGACCGCGAAGGUGCUUCGGAUUUAGUGGUAGAAUUGGUGAUCAAGAGCGUGCAUUCGCCAAGCAUAUUCGUGGAAGCUGUAGAAUUGGGUAUCGCUCUCCUGGAAGGCGGUAAUCCCAUUAUACAGAAAAGUGUGUUUAAUAAAUUAAUGGGCGGCGACUUGAGCCAAUCGUUCUUCAAGGUGUUCUAUGAUAAAAUGAAAGAUGCCCAGCAAGAGAUCAAGUCCACUGUGACAGUAAAUACGUCUGACAUGGCAGCCAAAGCGCACGAGGAUAAGGAGCAGGGUAAAGAAGUAGAUAAGUUAUCGCGGAAACGUGCAUCAGGAAAGCCUAAUGGAAUCGUUAUAACUGACGAGCUACACGAAGAACUGAAUCAGGCCGCAGCAUCGAACGGACAGGCAUAUGUGAACAUGAGGAGUCUUUCGUCUAGCGAAGACGCGGCGAAUAACGCGGCGCUCGGAUGCACGUUGGAGGAAAUAGGCGAGAAAUUGGAUCGGCACAACAAGAGCGGCGCUGCUUCCGGUGGCGAGAGGGACGAGGGUCAAUUGAGCCCUAAAGUCCUGGUGAUGCAGCCAAUUCUACGCUUCUUGCAGUUGCUCUGCGAGAAUCACAAUAGAGAGCUGCAGAAUUUCCUGCGAAAUCAGAAUAACAAGACGAAUUUCAACUUGGUCUCGGAGACGCUCAUGUUUCUGGAUUGUAUCUGCGGCUCAACCACCGGUGGACUGGGUCUCCUUGGUCUCUAUAUUAACGAAUACAACGUAGCGCUGAUUAAUCAAACUCUAGAAACGUUGACGGAGUACUGUCAAGGACCAUGUCAUGAUAAUCAAAAUUGCAUCGCGACGCACGAAUCCAACGGUCUGGACAUUAUAACAGCGUUGAUACUCAACGACAUCAAUCCUUUGGGUAAGAGCAGAAUGGAUCUAGUACUGGAGCUGAAGAAUAACGCCAGCAAGUUACUGUUGGCGAUAAUGGAGAGCAGAGGCGAUAGCGAGAACGCUGAGAGGAUAAUGUACAACAUGAAUCCGAAGCAACUCGUUGACGUGGCCUGCAAGGCUUUUCAUCAGGAGUCGCUGGACGAGAGCACCGAUGUCGACGAUUCGUCGACUAACGGAGAGGAAGGAGUGUCGCCUAAAGAAGUUGGGCAUAAUAUAUACAUUUUGUGUCACCAAUUGGCGCAACACAACAGGGAGUUGGCGGUGAUACUGAAACCGUCUGAACAGAACAACGCGGACCCGAAGAUUAAUAAAGCAUUGCAAUAUUAUGCGUCUCACACGGCUCAGAUAGAGAUCGUGAGGCACGAUCGAACGCUUGAACAAAUUGUCUUCCCGAUCCCUGAGAUUUGUGAGCUUAUAACCAUGGACACAAAAAUAAGGGUGCUCAACACCACGGAGCGGGACGAUCAAGGCUCGAAGGUUUCCGACUUCUUCGAGAGAACGGAAGAUAUGUUCAACGAAAUGAAGUGGCAGAAGAAGCUUAGAGGGCAACCGGUAUUGUUCUGGAUGAGCAGUUAUAUGUCAUUGUGGAGUAAUAUUUUAUUCAAUUGCGCCGUUCUGAUAAAUCUUAUCGUAGCGUUUUUCUAUCCGUUUGUGGAUUUUGUGCCUAAAUUUAAUUCUCACAUAUCAGCUCUAAUUUGGACGGUUAUGUUUGCAUCUGCCGCUAUCGUUAUUACGUUACCGAGAGAGUCUGGUAUACGCGUGUUAGUCGCGUCAACGAUACUGCGAUUGAUUAUAUCUAUAGGUCCAGAACCGACAUUGUGGUUGCUCGGUUUCCUCACGAUCGUAUUAAAAGUUGUACAUCUUAUAAGUAUUAUAGGUAAUCAGGGUACCCUGACUAAAAGUAUAGAGCAAAUAAUAACCAAUAUCGAACUUUUGUAUCACAUAUCGUAUUUAAUAUUCUGCGUUCUGGGGAUUUUUUUGCAUCCAUUUUUCUACUCAGUUUUACUUCUCGAUGUGGUUUAUCGCGAAGAGACUUUGCUCAAUGUAAUAAAAUCUGUUACUCGCAAUGGAAGAUCUAUUAUACUCACUGCUGUCCUGGCUCUGAUCCUGGUUUACAUGUUUUCCCUUAUCGGCUUUAUAUUCUUCAAAGACGACUUCCUGGUUAGUGUGGACGAAGAAGUUAUAUCUUACAUUAAACAAUCCGCGGAUACCUGCAGCGCCGGAGACAAAGAGAAAUGUGAAGCAACAGAGACAGUGUCGCAGUAUGCUCGCGAAGAAAACGAACGAGUGAACAAACCCGAGGUGAGCAGUAUCGGCGGUGAAUUGAAAGAACGAUCGUGCGAUUCACUGCUCAUGUGUAUCGUUACUACGUUGAAUCAGGGUCUCAGGAAUGGUGGCGGCAUCGGAGAUAUUCUACGAGCGCCCAGCAGUGACGAAUCACUGUUUUUUGCAAGAGUUGUAUAUGACUUACUGUUCUUCUUCAUCGUGAUAAUUAUAGUUUUGAAUCUCAUUUUUGGUGUGAUCAUUGACACUUUUGCGGAUCUUAGAUCGGAGAAGCAGCAGAAGGAAUUGAUUUUGAAAAAUACUUGUUUCAUUUGCGGCUUGAAUAGAUCAGCCUUCGACAACAAAACAGUUUCCUUCGAGGAGCACGUGAAACACGAGCAUAAUAUGUGGCAUUACCUCUACUUUAUCGUUUUGGUGAAGGUGAAGGACCCGACCGAAUUCACGGGCCCCGAAUCCUACGUUUACGCGAUGGUCAAGGACAGAAAUUUGGAAUGGUUCCCGAGGCUGCGAGCCAAGUCGUUAGCUGCGGACGAGGGUGAAGGGGAACAAGUGGAAUUAAGAAGUUUGCAGACGCAAUUGGAAUCUACGCAGCAAUUAGUGAGAUGUUUGUCCCAGCAACUCACGGAGCUUCGUGAUCAGAUGACGGAGCAACGAAAGCAGAAACAGCGGCUAGGCCUUCUGAAUUCUGCCACUCAGUUCUUGCAUAACGUAUCCACGUAAACUUAAGGCGCGCUCUUGCGUAGUUCCCUUGUUAUCGUGGACGAAUCUCAGUUUGAUACUCCAAGAUAGUAUAUUUGUAACGAUAUUCGUGUGUUCUUAACAGGCAUUUAAAGACACGAGAAUAUAUCGAGCGGGUAGCCCGAGGAGUUUUUUUACGGUUUUGUUCCUAAUUUUAAUGAAAGUAAAAUACACCUAGGGGCAUUAACGCUAUCAUUCUUACAUUUUUCUUUUUCUUUUUUAUUAUUAUUAUUAUUACGAAGGCUCUCAACUCCCAGUUUGAUCAAUCCGUCGUCAAAGACCAGUGGAUUGCAUUGUUUACUAGUGUAUAAAUAUUGUUAUACAUAUAAAGAAGCUAAGAAUAUCCAUUGAUAGAGAAUAGAACAGAUAUAAUUUACGUAAAACUUCCGGUUACAUAGCGAAAUGUUACAAGGUAAUAUUCUGUGGCUAUUAUAGAAUAUUCUCCUUUUUAUGUGAUCAAUCCAUUACGUUUUAACUUUGUCAUUAUAAUAUUUAUAACUUCCAUAAAAGAUAUUGGAUACGUCAAAAUAAAGAUUAUAGCUUCACCGUUUUAUAACAA